AUGGAAUUGGCGUUAGGGUCAAUGGCUGGAAGUUACGCACUAAUGCCUGCCUAUUCAGGCCUCCUUCAAACAACUAAUCCUGGAUCAAUCUGCUGUCUACACAAGGAAGAAAAUAGUGAUGGGAGCAUGAUGUCUAAGUAUGCUUUCAUUGCAUUUGGGGCAUCGAUCAAAGGUUACCGGUACAUGCGGAAAGUUGUAGUCAUAGAUGGGACCAGGUUGAAAGGAAGGUAUGGAGGAUGCUUGCUCUCCGCGUGUUGCCAAGAUGGCAAUUUCCAAAUAUUUCCGCUAGCCUUCGGUAUAGUUGACAGUGAGAACGAAGACGCUUGGGAGUGGUUCCUAUCUCAGCUGAAAACAUUUGUCGAGGAUGCUCAUCAUCUUGUCUUUGUCUCCGACAGACAUGGAAGCAUUUACAAUCCCAUUGGAAAGGUUUAUCCACAUGCUCAGCACGCCGCAUGCACUAUCCACCUAUGGAGGAACAUAAAGUCCAGAUUCAAAUCCAAACGGCUGGCUUCAUUAAUGGGUGCAGCAUCACGAGCGUACAUUGUUUCAGAGUUCAAUAAGAAGUUCCUGGAUAUACAACGUGUAAGCCCUGGAUGUGCAGGCUAUUUAGUUGACAUAGGCUUCGAGCAUUGGACAAGGGCACAUUUCCAAGGCGAUAGGUUCAAUAUAAUGGAUUCAAACAUAGCGGAAUCUUGGAAUGCUGUCUUGACUGAAGCGAGGGAGUUCCCCCUAAUCUCGAUGUGUGAGUACAUACGAACAACACUUAUGUGUUGGUUUGCCGUACGACGCGCUAAAUCUAUGGAACAUAAGGGGACUCUAACGCCAAAUGUUAGGCGGAUAGAGGAAGACAACUUCGACAGUUCGACUGGGUUUGCUGUAACCGGAAUAAGUGAAGUCAAAUUCCAAAUUCAGGCACAGUCUGGACAGUUUAACAUGGUAAACGUCCAUGACGGUACAUGCACAUGCAAGGAAACUGAAAUUGGAGGCACAUUUGCUGGUGCUCUUACGCCGCCAGCUGUUAAACGUCCACCAAGCAGACCACGCAAACAGAAAAUAUUGUCAACUGGAGAAGAUAAGCGUUACAGUCAGAAGCAUGCCGGAAAUGUACUCGCUGUAGGGGAGAAGGCCACAACAAGGCCUCAUGUCGUCGUCCAAAAUAAGUAUGUAAGGAAGAAAGCGGGGUUAAAGAAGGAUGGGUUAUGA